AAUAAGCCUCAAUGGCACUGCCAUUUCUGCUGCUUCAGCUCCUUAUUUUGCUGUUGCCACCGCUGGCAGCUUCAUCAACAGCGUCCUUCGCAAAGCCAGGAUGCGAGGAUAAAUGUGGCAACAUCCCCAUUCCCUACCCGUUCGGCUUCGGAGAUCCAAAAUGUUACAGAAACGGCUACAUGGUAACCUGCAACCACACUUCCAACCCUCCAAAACUGUACUUAUCGGACAGUAACGUAGAGGUUGUAGAGAUAUCAUCACUGGGCCAAUUGCGCACCAAAUCCUUAGUAAGUUACGACUGCUACGAUCAAACAAACGAUCACGGAUCCAUUUCUUUCAAUCUUGAAGAUUUUCCCUAUACUUUUUCCGACACCAGAAACAAAUUCACGGCAAUAGGUUGCGACACCAUAUCCAACUUAAUAGGUUUUCAGGGUCGUAACUUCACCAGCGGAUGUAACAUGCUUUGCAUCGACACACAGAGCUUGGUCAAUGGGUCUUGUUCCGGAAUUGGUUGUUGUCAGACUUCCAUCCCAAAGGGGUUCAAGCACUUCAUUGUGGAUCUCGGUAGUUUUUACAGACACAACUUUGUGAUGGAUUUCAAUCCAUGCAGCUACGCUUUCUUGGUUGAUUCUGACUGGUUUAACUUCUCAGUACAUGAUAUUGUGGGGUAUAUGGAUUUCUUUAAUAGAAAUGAAGGAAUGGUCCCAAUCGUGCUCGACUGGGCGAUAGAGGGAUACACCUGUGGAAAUGCUUCCACUAGUGACCUAAAUUAUGCAUGUGGUAAGAACAGCGAAUGCUUCAACUCUCCUAAUGGUCUCGGAUAUCUCUGCAACUGUUCUCAAGGUUAUCAGGGCAACCCUUAUCUCUCAGAUGGAUGUCAAGAUAUAGAUGAAUGCAUGGAUCCUACUAAGAACGAUUGUCAAGCCAAAUCGAGAUGCAUUAAUACACCUGGGAGUUACAUCUGCUCUUGCCCGCCUGGUGCUCAAGGGGAUGGUAGGAGAAACGGGACUGGUUGUUUGGCUACUCCAAAGAAGCAAUCUCAUCUGAUACAAAUCUGCUUAGGGCUUGGUUUUGGCGUCUUCUUUGUUCUAUUUAUUAGCACUUGGCUCUAUUGGGGAAUAAAAAAGAGAAAUCAAAACAAAUGCAGAGAAAAUUACAUUCAGCAAAAUGGGGGUCUCUGAUUGAGGCAACUGCUCUCUUCAGUCUUCACAAAAUGCAACUGUAGAACCUGCCAAGAUCUUUACUGAACAAGAGCUCAACAAGGACUGACAACUUUGGUAAGAGUUGAAUCCUAGGUUGUGUUGGAUUUGAUAAAUAGAAAGAUAGUUGUCUUUAUGAAGUCCAAGAUAGUUGAUUCAAGUGAAGUUGAACAGUUCAUCAAUGAGAGGAGGUUAUUCUUUCUCAAUUUGAACAUGAAAAUUUAGUGAAGCUUCUAAGUUGUUUCUUAAAUUCUGAACUUCCAUCAAUGAAAGCAUUACUAAUGGU